AUGGGUAAAAAAGCUAUUGAUUCCAGAAUCCCUGCUUUGAUCCGUAAUGGGGUUCAAGAGAAGGAAAGAAGUUUCUUCUUUAUUGUCGGGGAUAAGGCAAAAAAUCAAUUACCAAAUCUUCACUAUUUGAUGAUGUCCGCUGACUUGAAGAUGAACAAAUCAGUCUUAUGGGCCUAUAAGAAGAAGUUAUUGGGUUUCACAUCUCAUAGACAAAAACGUGAAGCUAAGAUUAAGAAAGACAUUAAAAGAGGUAUUAGAGAAGUCAAUGAACAAGAUCCCUUCGAAGCCUUCAUCUCCAAUCAAAAUAUCAGAUAUGUUUAUUAUAAAGAAACUGAAAAAAUCUUAGGUAACACUUAUGGUAUGUGUAUUUUACAAGAUUUUGAAGCCAUCACCCCAAAUUUAUUGGCCAGAACCAUUGAAACUGUCGAAGGUGGUGGUUUAGUUGUUAUUUUAUUGAAAUCAAUGACUUCUUUAAAACAACUUUAUACCAUGACUAUGGAUAUUCAUAGCCGUUAUAGAACUGAAGCUCAUGAUGAUGUGGUUGCAAGAUUUAAUGAAAGAUUCUUAUUGUCAUUAGGUUCCUGUGCUAAUUGUUUGGUUGUGGAUGACGAAUUGAACGUUUUACCUAUCUCAGGAGGUAAACAUGUCAAACCAUUACCACCAAAAGAUGAUGACGAAAUCACCCCUAAAGCUCAAGAAUUGAUUGAUUUAAAAGAAAAUUUAGCAGAUGUAGAACCCGCUGGUAAUUUGGUGUCAUUGGCUAAAACUGUUAAUCAAGCUCAAGCUAUCUUAACCUUCAUUGAUGUCAUAACAGAGAAAACUUUAAGAACUACAGUUGCUUUGACUGCAGGUAGAGGUAGAGGUAAAUCUGCUGCUUUAGGUAUUUCUAUUGCUGCUGCUAUUUCACAAGGCUACUCUAACAUUUAUGUUACUUCACCGUCUCCAGAAAAUUUGAAGACCUUAUUCGAAUUCAUCUUUAAAGGUUUUGAUGCCUUAGGUUAUACUGAGCAUUUAGAUUACGAUAUCAUUCAAUCCACAAGCGCAGCUUUCAAUAAUGCUAUUGUUAGAGUAGAUGUUAAACGUGAUCAUCGUCAAGUCAUUCAAUAUAUUCAACCAAACGAUCAUCAUUUAUUAUCACAAGCAGAAUUGGUGAUUAUUGAUGAAGCUGCGGCUAUUCCUUUACCUGUAGUCAAAAAAUUGAUGGGACCAUACUUAAUCUUCAUGGCAUCCACCAUUAAUGGUUAUGAAGGUACUGGAAGAUCAUUAUCGUUGAAGUUAAUCCAACAAUUACGUGAUCAAUCAAUCUCAAAGAGCAAUGACACCGUUGUUGUCUCAAGGGAUGAGAAGUCCAAAGAUGUCACUCCUUCUGUUACUGCAAGAGAUUUAAGAGAAGUUGUUUUGGAUGAACCUAUCAGAUAUGCUCCAGGGGAUCCUGUUGAAAAAUGGUUGAACAAAUUAUUGUGUCUCGAUGUGAAAAUCAGUAAGAAUUCCAAAUUUGCUUCAAGAGGUAUGCCUCAUCCUUCCGAAUGUAAUUUAUUCUAUGUUAACAGAGAUACGCUUUUCUCAUACCACCCAGUAUCAGAAACUUUCUUAGAAAAGAUGAUGGCCCUUUACGUUGCUUCCCAUUAUAAGAAUUCUCCAAAUGAUUUACAAUUAAUGAGUGAUGCUCCUGCUCAUCAAUUAUUUGUCUUGUUACCUCCAAGUGAAGGUAAUAAAGUUCCAGAUCCAUUGGUUGUUAUUCAAUUGGCUUUGGAAGGUGAAAUUUCUAAAGACAGUGUAAGAAAAUCAUUAUCAAGAGGUCAAAGAGCUGGUGGUGAUUUAAUUCCUUGGUUGAUCUCUCAACAAUUCCAAGAUGAAGAAUUUGCUUCAUUAUCUGGAGCCAGAAUUGUUAGAAUUGCAACCAACCCCGAAUAUGCAAGUAUGGGUUAUGGUUCAAGAGCUUUAGAAUUAUUAAAAGAUUAUUAUGAAGGCAAGUUCACUGAUAUCAAUGAAAAUAAUAGCUUGAGAGAACAAUCAAUCACUAGAAUCACUGAUAAAGAACUCGAGCAUGCCUCGUUGAAAGACGAAAUCAAAUUGAGAGAUGCCAAAACUUUACCCCCAUUGUUAUUGAAAUUAUCUGAAAAACCUCCAUACUAUUUACACUAUUUAGGUGUUUCGUAUGGUUUAACUCCUCAAUUACACAAAUUCUGGAAGAGAUCAGGUUUCGCUCCUGUUUAUUUGAGACAGACUGCCAAUGAAUUGACCGGGGAACACACAGCAGUGAUGCUUAAUGUUUUGGAAAACAGAGAUGAUAAGUGGUUGAAAGAAUUCUGUCAAGAUUUCCAUAAAAGAUUCUUACAAUUAUUAUCGUAUGAAUUCAGAAAAUUCUCUUCUGUUCAGUGUUUGAGUGUUAUCGAAUCAACUGAGUUAGAAGAUAACAAAGUCGUAAAACAAUUGAGUAAAACUGAAUUGGAUGAGUUGUUAUCUCCAUUCGACUUGAAAAGAUUGGAUUCUUACGCCAAUAAUUUAUUGGACUAUCAUGUCAUCGUUGAUAUGUUACCAUUAUUAUCAAAAUUGUUCUUCAGUUCUAAAACCAAAGAAGUAAGCUUGUCUUCAGUUCAAUCUGCUAUCUUAUUAGCUAUUGGUUUACAACAUAAAAAUAUCGAUGAUAUCGCCAAAGAAUUAAAUUUACCAAAUAACCAAGCUAUGGCAAUGUUUGCUAAAAUCAUUAGAAAGUUCUCCAAUCACUUCAGAAAUAUUCUUAACAAGUCCAUCGAAGAAGCUAUGCCGGUGUUAGAAGAUGAAAGCGUCAAGAAAUUGGAAGGUGAAUUUGAAAACUUUGAAACAGUGAAUAAUGAUGAUUUACAAAAGGAAGGGGAAGAAGUUUUGAGUGACUUGAAAUUGAAACAAAGAGAAUUGAUCAAUGCACUUAAUUUAGACAAAUAUGCAAUUGCUGAUGACGAAAAUUGGUCAAAUGAUAAAUUAGAUAAAGUUAUCAAAGGUAACGGUGUAGUCAGUGUUAAAAAUGAUAAAAUCAAGAGAAAGAAAGAAAACGCCACUGAUAUUUAUGAAGAAGAAAUGAAAGAUGUUAAAAAGGCUAAGAAAUCAAAAUCAAAGAAAUCGAAAAAGUAG